AAUACGACAUGUUGCAGCAGGACCCUCUCCUUAAUUGGUGGAAAUUAAUUUAGUUUAAGAGUAAACAUGUUCAUGGUCAUGCUAAUUCUCAAGCUGCUCAUGGCUACCAUUUCCACCAUCAUUCUUGUUCUGUUCUUGCUGCUAAUACUAAUAAUAAUAGCAAAUGAAGCCACAGCUGUUGAUAAUAUCAUUGGGUUGGGCAAAUCACUCUCUCCCAAAGGUAAUAAUAGUAACAGCAACAAUCCAUGCUCAUGGUUAUCAAGUCCUGGCAAUUUUGCAUUUGGUUUUUAUCCUCACCGUGAUGGCUACGCUCUUGGAAUAUGGCUUCUGGACACCGACAACACGGUGGUCUGGACCGCUAACCACGACGGUUCGCCACUUCCCUCUACCUCCACCUUGCAGCUAACCACACAGGGCUUGCUUCUUCGACAAGAAGAAGAAGCACUCAAUACCACUAACUUUUCGUUUUCAAACCUUGGAGAAGAAGCAGCUUCAGCUUCCAUGCUGGAUGACGGUAACUUUGUGAUCUAUAAUGCUUUCAAUGGUGUCGUGUGGCAGAGCUUUGAUCACCCAAGUGACACCAUUUUAGGAGGACAAAGGUUGAUCAAUGGAAACAAAUUGAUCUCUGGUGUCUCCAAAACAGACCAUUCAUCAAUUGGGCUUUUCUAUCUCAUCAUGCAGAGACAUAACAACCUUGUCUCUUACCCUCUCAAAAGCCUCCCUUAACCUUCUGAUGCUUACUUUGUCACCGGCACCAGC